CACACCUGAAAGCACUCUGCAUGACGGACGCCGCGCGCAAGAGCCUCUACGCUUUCCAGCAGCAGUAUGCGCGUAACCAGGGCAAGGAGUCCCUCCUCCCGCCCGGCGGCACCAUGGUCGAUGAGCCGCGCAGCAAGGGCUUGCGUUGGGUUGGUCGUAUCUUUAGUGGGAAGGAUAAAGAUAAGAAGUUUUAGGUACGGACGGGUGCUUGGGGUCUAUGCUGCAUGACUCUAUUCUGAUGACGAUGACGAUUCGUGGCGUUUCUUUUUAUUUCGUUUCGUUUCGCUGGUUGAUACCCACACUCCCACUUUAACUUCCCUUUUCUUUUUCGAUCUAAGGUGGCUGCGGCUAAGCUCUAUUAUUGGUUGAUAUCGAUACGGUAGUGAUGUCGACGAUGAUAGCUCGCUUUGGAUCGGGGGUUUGGGAUCGGGAUUGGGUUUUCGAUACCGGGCAUUUUUGCCUACCUUUUUCUCUUUUUCUCUUCGCUUCGCUGUAUUUGGGCUUGGGUCUACCUUUCGACCAUUUAUUUUCCUUUACUCAAAUUUCAUCCCUUUCGUCUUUCUUGACCUGUCUUCUCUUCAAUACCAUCGCAAAUUCGAUUGAACAGAAGCUCGGCUUUCAGGAAAGGAAAGGAUAGGAUAGGAUAGGGAGAGAGGGGGCGGAUAGAUGUGAUAUCAUAUGGCAACAUACGGUACACAUUUCUGCCGUCCUGCUCGGGGUGGACGGAACUUUCGCAUGGGCAAAUCUGGAAGUAAUCAGUCGAGGGGUUUACGAAUUCAUGAGCUAUGAGCUGGCAAAUCAAAAAAUGGAGUGUACACUAAUAUUCCCGGAGUUGAGGUCAUCGGAGGAUAGCAGCAGAAGCAGCAC